CAGGGAGUAGUAAGGGAAUACUGGCCUGACACUGUGUAACACUGCUGUAAUAGAGAUUAUUGGGAACCAACUAAACAUUUUAACUACAGCUAAUCUCAUCUGACAAACUGGUGUGGGUAAAAGAUAUUCAUCACAGUCCUCCAAUCAGACUGGCCAACAGUGAGAAUUUUAUCCAGGUUUUUUCAGACAGUGCCCUACUGAGAUUUUGUACUCAGUGGUGUGUGAGUGAUAUCUCUCUGUAGUAGUUGUCUCCUUAAUUCACACAGAUUUGGAAGGAAAACUACUCCAAAACCAUGGCCGAUCAAGGAACUACAUAUACAGAGCCGAUGGUGGACCAAGUGGACCAUAAUGACCCAGCUUCUAAAAACAAGUUCAAGGCAAACUUUAACAGGUUCAGGAAAAGCAAUGUAGGGAAACGCUUUAAAAAGGCAGGAUCAUGGGGGAAGGACAACCUACUACUUAUCCUUACAAUUGCUGGUGUUGUUAUGGGUCUCAUCCUUGGCUUCGCCCUUAGAGUUGUAGAACCUUCUGAUCAAGCAAAGAUGUUAAUUGCAUUCCCUGGAGACAUCUUGAUGCGGAUGCUGAAAAUGUUGAUUCUUCCUCUCAUCGUAUCAUGCAUGAUAACAGGAUUAGCAUCAAUUGACGCCAAAUCGAGUGGUCGUAUGGGUCUGCGUGCCAUUGUUUAUUACUUUGGUACAACCUUCAUCGCCAUCAUCCUAGGAAUCAUCUUGGUUGUGUCCAUCCACCCAGGUGACAAGAACCUCAUGCCUCCAGAUGAAGGGGGACCCUCUAAGGGUGAUGAUAGAGUUAGCUCUCUUGAUGCUUUCCUAGACUUGAUCAGAAAUGUUUUCCCUACCAAUUUGAUUCAGGCCAGCUUUGCUCACACUCGUACAAAAUACAUUGAUGUGACCAAAAAUGUGAAUCAGUCUUUGCUCGUACGAACAGCAGAUCUUGUUCAACUCAACAUUUCAAAGGAGCAUGUCAACAAAAGUUUGGCUAUGUCUCUUAAUGCAGCAAUUGUAAAUAUCACCAACAAAAACAUGUCUGAAUAUACUGAAGUAAAAGUGAAAAUGUCCAAGGUUGUUGUAGAAAGGCAGCUACCCUUCAAUGAUGGCAUCAACGUUCUAGGCAUUAUAACUUUCUGCACUGCGUUUGGUAUGAUGCUGAGCAAGAUGGGCAAGCGUGCCAAUUUAAUGGUGGAUUUCUUCCUUAUCUUAAACGACAUUAUCAUGCAGAUGGUUGUACUAGUCAUGUGGUACUCUCCGGUUGGUAUCAUGUUCCUCAUCACUGGUAAAAUCCUGUAUAUUGAUGACCCGGGGGCAGUCGGGGCCAGACUGGGCAUGUACAUGGUGACUGUGCUGACUGGUCUGUUUAUCCAUGCUGUCAUCUCACUGCCUCUUCUGUACUUCGCCGUGACCAGGAAGAACCCACUUAACUUAUUCAAGGCUGUUUUACAGGCUUGGGUCACAGCUCUGGGUACCGCAUCCAGCUCUGCCACUCUGCCCGUCACGUUCCGUUGUCUAGAGGAGAAUAUGGGUAUUGACAAACGUGUAACCCGCUUUGUGUUGCCCAUUGGUGCUACAAUCAAUAUGGAUGGUACAGCCCUGUAUGAAGCUGUUGCUCCAAUUUUUAUUGCUCAGAUGAAUGGUAUUGAGCUUGGCAUCGGCCAAAUUGUGACCAUCAGUCUGACAGCGACCUGUGCCAGUAUAGGGGCAGCCAGUAUACCAAGUGCUGGUCUAGUUACCAUGCUUAUGGUACUAACAUCCGUUGGUCUGCCUACUGAUGAUAUUUCUCUCAUCCUGGCAGUAGACUGGUUUCUGGAUAGAAUCAGAACAUCCAUCAACGUUCUUGGUGACAGUUACGGUGCAGCCAUUGUAGCUCACCUCUCGCACAAAGAGCUGGCAGAACUAGAUGAACAGGAAGCAGCUCUAGCUGUAGAGGGAGGAGAGGUCGAACUACAGGAUCUAGAGGAUGACAAUACAAUACAUCCUCCCCCUAAUGGACCUGCCACAGACAAGUCCAUGUACCCAGAAGUCAGUUAAUCACAAGGCAGCUAGGUGAUAUGGAAAUAUUGUAGUCAUAUUGUUGUCACUCAGUGUAACAUUAAGUCAUGGAGAUUUAGCCUGAUUGAGAAGCCAGGAUUCUAGAAAGUAUGUUGAAAGAUGGUUUAUAUAGUCAAGGUAGACUUCUAAGAUAGAAAAUAUGUAUGAUGUUAAACGAAUGGUCAUCAUCAAUUUGAAAAUUAUUUAUUCUGUCAAUCACAAAUUAUUAUUUUGGAAGAUUUAUAAUUCCAAUCACUCAAAACUGGUCAUACCUGAAACACUAACUUAGCUCUACGUUAGUUUCUAAGAUACAGGCAAUCAUGGUCAAAAUCUAGAACAUUCUUUUCAUAAUCAAGGUUAAUGAUAACUCUACAUCUCAGUCUGUGUUUGGUGCAAGUAAUCAUGUCAUGAUUUUGCUUCAUAUAAGGACUUGAAGAGUUGUCUUUCCUUAGUAGUUGAAGAGUUGUCAUUCUUUGGUGAGGAUGGAGUAGAUAAGAAAGUUUUCUCUCUUGAAAUGAAAAAGGCUUGUUUGAUAUCUUUCAGAGUGCAGAGUAAAAGCAAAUAUAAGUGAAAGAGAAAAAAUACAAUUGUACAGCUGGCUAUGCUAUUCUUUGGGUAGAAGUAGUUCUAUAUGGCCUUCUGGUAUUUACUGACCCAUUCGACUCGUUCCCAGAAUCCUUGAUCUCAGUCAGGUCCAAUAUCAAUAAGUAAGAUUGCUAUAAAACAGAACAAAAAUAUUUCUAUGCUAUUCAAUUGCUUUUCUAAAAAACCUGGAUACAUUUGUGGAUUGUUAAUUAUGAAAGGAUGCACUUGAUAAUCUCCUGAUGCAAUGUAUACAAAAAUUUUAAGUAAAAGGGAAAUAUAUUGAUUAGCAGGAAAAUAAUAUCAAAUAUAUCAUCUUACUGCUAGAAUUGUUCCUCUCUAGGUACACAUGUACUGAGAAGUAGACCUGUUUCUAGGUACACAUGUACUGAGAAGUAGACCUGUUUCUAGGUACACAUGUACUGAGGAAUAGACCUGUUUCUAGGUACACAUGUACUAAGGAGUUGACCUGUUUCUAGGUACACAUGUAUUGAGGAGUAGACCUGUUCUAGGUACACAUGUACUGAGGAACAGACCUGUUUCUAGGUACACAUGUACUGAGAAAUAGACCUGAUUCUAGGUACACAUGUACUGAGGAAUAAACCAGUUUCUAGGUACACAUGUACCCAGGAGUAGACCUGUUUCUAGGUACACAUGUAAUGAAGAAUAGACCUGUUUCUAGGUACACAUGUACUGAGGAGUAGAUCUGUUUCUAGGUACACAUGUACUGAGGAGUAGAUCUGUUUUUAAGUAUACAUGUGCUCAGGAGUAGACCUGUUUCUAGGUAUACAUGUACCCAGGAGAAGAUCUGUUUCUAGGUACACAUGUACUGAGGAGACCCAUUUCUAGGCACACUUGUACUGAGGAGGAGACCUGUUUAUAUGUACAUUUGUGCUGAAGAGACACAUUUAUAGGUAAACUUGUACUGAGCAGAAGACCAAUGUAUAGGUAAACUUGUACUGAGAAGAUCCAUUUAUAAGUACACAUGUACUGGGGAGCAGACCUGUUUUUUAGGUACUAAUGUACAAUAGAGACUCAUUUGUUGGUAUGCUUGCACUGAUAUGUACAUAUAUCUAUAGAUAUAUAUGUACUGUUUAGAUUAAAGUAUACCCAUAAAUAAAUGUCUUCUAAUACUUUAAAGAAUUAAAAUUUAUACAUUUCAAUUUAGGAAAUUAUAGCCAGCAUUUUUACAGAAAUCUUUUGUCCAUGAAAAAACUCAAAUAAUUGUUGUUGUUGUCCAUUAUGUAGAACCUGCACAAUUUUUGUUGCAAUAUGAUAAUACAUUGUGUUAAGUGGAGACUUUCUUAUUCAAAAAGAAAAGUAUACAUAAAUAUAUGUACAUACAUCAUAUUUUGAUUUUUUUUUUAUUGCUCUAUGAAACGCUUCAUUAUUGUAACUUAAGUUACUGUCAACAUAAAUUUUCCGUCUCACAAUUUGUUUUCAUGAGAAAAUGUGAGACAGAUAACUGUCUUAUGCUUGAGGUCAUAAAAUACACAUAUGGUUCUUAAAUGCCCAAGUGUCAAAGACAACAAAGGUUAUCUUCCCUUAUCAUAGGACAAGAGAAACAUGAUUAUGACAAAGAACAGAUACAGAGAUAUUAUCUCCCCUGUGAAAGGUCAAAAGAACCUUCGAUAUGUGACAGAGGGAUGCAUUUCCCUAUCUUGGGAAGAGGAACAUAUCAUGACAGUGAGGAUAGGCAAACUUUAUCCAGGCCAAAGGACCAUUGAUCUUCAGAAAGACUGGUUUUGCUCACUGUCAAGUGCCAAAAGGCUCUUAAAGAGAAGAAGAAUAUCUCAAUCCAUUCUCUUGGCUCAUAGAAUUUGCAGUAAGGAGAGAUUAUCUCCCUUUUUAUAUGGUUUACAAAAUGACUUGUAUUAGAAUCCAGAUCAGUUCCCUCCCCUUGCUAUGACAAAGAGAAGGGAGAAUCAAAAGUGUUUUAUUCCCUGCAACAGAUUUCUUGGAAAAUAUGUACUGUAUAAUGUAUAAUGAUGUGAAAAUCUCCGAAAAAUAAGGACAUCAGAAUGCAUGUAUGAGAUUUCUUGGGCCCUAGUAAGUCCAUGCAAAACCUUCAGAAUUUCAUUUUUUGUGUGCAAUCCAAUUAAGCAUUUUUUAAAUGAUGAUGAUGUCUAUUUUUAGACACAGUUUCUUUUCAAUUUUUGAAAAAUGAAUUUGAACACAUUUUUUAUAAUAAGCAAGCAAUUACACUUUUUUUAUAAAUUAAAAGUAAGGU